CAGAAAAUGAAGCGAGUGAGCACACGAGGUAAUCUGAAAAAAUCAAGUAGUGGUAGAAGGAAUCACUCUCCACUAAAUAUUUUAGACAGCCUAACCUCUCCAACAAAGGUAUCUAUAAAGCCAGUUGGGGUUGAUGAUAAAAAGACAGGAAUUAAGCUAAAUUCAAUUCGCACAAAGCGGCAUGUAUCUCCGAAGUCAAGACUAUCUGGGUUGCCAAAGAAAGAAAAGUCUCUUGGACAUAAAUAAAAUUAGAAAUAAUAUUUCCCAAGAGUUCUUAGGCAUUAGCAAAUAAAUUAAGCAAGAAGAAAAGAAAUAUUCUUGCUCCUAAAUUUGCGGAAGUUCAUUUUGAUGCUUCAAAUUAUUCUACCAGAAUGAAAGAGAGGAGAAAGAAGAUAUCUAGUCGUUCAAAAGAACCAUUAGGAGUUUCUAGCAAAGGAUAUAGCACAGAGCCAAACAAAAAGUUAAACUCAGAGAAUAGUUCAAUUUAUUCUGGACAUCAAACUCACUCUAGUAAUACUAGCAAUCUGAAGCACUCUGAGAAAUCUACUACAAAGAUUAGCAGAGGAUUUACUAAGAUAAAUUCUUCAGGAAAUUUUUCUUAUAAAGUAAAGAAAUCUGCUUUGGCUAAGAAUAAGACUUACGCUCAAAGAUUCAUGAAGACUAUCACUCAAUACAGUCAUAUGAAGGUACCUACCAAAAAGAGGAGAAGUAAGAAUAAUACUACAGACAAGAAACCACAAAAUUUGGAUGAAAUUAUUCAGAAAAGAGAGAACAAGUUAUCACGUAGAAACCGUGCUAUAAACGAUCAUAUCCAAAGUAAGAAUACUCCUAUAUUGGAUCUUACUAUUACUAAGACAAAUAUUAAUGCUCCUAAAAUAAGGAUAACGGAUUCUUCAGGAUCUGCGGCUUUGAAGCAGACUUCAAUGACUACUAAAAGUACCAUGAAAAGAUUUGAUUUUGAUACUGCUAGGCACAGUGCUGAUACCCAAGGCCCAACAAAUAUCAAUUUAAUGGCCGUUGAAUCAGUAGCUGGAGGAACAGAACGACAAGGAAUUAGUAAAGCGAUGAGAAACACUGGCUCUAAGAAAAGCAAAAGGAAGACAAGGAAUGCCAUAACUGAAAAAAAAAGCCAGGCUCUACAAUCGACUGAAGAUCUUAAGAGAGUAACAUGAGGAGACACAGGAAGUAGUAAUUUCAAAGAGGAAAUCAAAAUAAUUGAGAUAUCUGAAUCUGAAGAAGAAAUAAAAUGAAUUGAUUCGUCCUCCAACAAGAAUAGUCUUCUCCAGCAUCCUUGAUCAAACCAUGAUCUUUUCUGUCUUCUAACUAAGGUUGGAGUAAACUCCUCUGAAAUUUUAGCAUAUUUGAAGAAGUUUGGAGCAAAGGAACUUAAGGAUUUAGUAAGACUGCAAAAUAAAGCUGACCGCUCUUGGACUUUACUUCAUUAUACUUCUCAGCUUGGAUUAGUAUCUGUGAUGACUUAUCUAAUCAACAAUUGCCCAAAUUUAGAUUUGAACAAGAUAUCGAAUGAAGGGCAGACUCCAUUGCAUAUUGCAAUUGAGUCUCUAAAUUUUAACAUGAUAAAAUUUCUUAUCUCUCAUAAAGCAUCUCUCAAUACAAGAGAUUGUAAAGGUAGGACUCCUCAAGAUCUUCUUAUUGAAAGGAAGCUUGAUUAUCUCAUAAAAGUUCAAGAGGCAGAGACUUCAACUGAAGAGCCAUCCAAGAAGGUAUGGACAGUCAACAUUAGUAUCCAUAAUAUUGAAGAAGAAAGUCUAGAAGGAAUGUUCAAAGGAAUUAGAACCUAUUUUGAUAAAAAGCUAUCUCCAAAAAUGGAUAAUAACAAUUCUGUCCUAGAGCCUCCAUCUUCUGUGGCGUCCUCUUCAUUUAUCGGAUCAGAAGGACAUGAGGAGACGAAGUAUUACAAAGGUGAAUCUAGACCCAAAGCUACAACAGAUCUAGGCCAACCGGAUAUGCUCUCAUGUACUGUUAGUAAUGCUCCGACUCAUAGACAAAGACGCUACAAUAUCAAAGGAAUGGGUAAAGCAACUGCUGAGAAAAAGAAGCAAGAGAAAAUAGGACCCAAAAGUUUCUCUGUCAUAAAGCUACUCGGAACAGGAAGUUUCGGAGAAGUUUUUCUGGUGGAAAAAUAGAAACUCUGGCAAGCUCUAUGCAAUGAAAGUGUUAAAAUAAGGACAGAAUUGUGAAGCGUAAUCUCACUAGAUACGCAAUGACAGAACGAAAUGUAAUGAGUGUUUCUAACCAUCCGUUUAUUGUCAGUCUACAAUAUGCUUUCCAAACAGAAGAUAGGCUAUUCCUAGUCAUGGAAUAUUGCCCUGGAGGAGACCUCUCCAACUAUCUUGAAGCUGAGGAAUAUUUUAGUGAAGAUAGAGCAAGGCUCUAUCUUGCAGAAAUAAUUCUUGCAAUAGAAGAUCUCCAUUCUAGAGGUAUUAUCUUCAGAGAUCUUAAGCCAGACAAUAUUGUCCUGGAUAAGUAUGGCCAUUGAAAAUUAACGGAUUUUGGAUUGUCUAAGGAAGGUCUCGUUGAAAAAGAAAAAGUAGCAAAAAGCUUCUGAGGUUCAUAUGCAUAUCUAGCUCCAGAAAUGGUGAAAAAGACAGGUCAUGGAAAGAAUGUUGACUGGUAUUUACUAGGAGUGUUACUCUAUGAGAUGCUAGAGGGGAUUCCUCCGUUCUAUGAUCAUGAUAAAGAUACACUAUUUAAAAAUAUUUUAGUUAGUCCUGUAGAAUUAGGAGAGGAAUUAUCAGAAGGAGCUCAAGAUUUGAUAUUAAGGUUGCUACAAAAAGAUCCCGAAAAGAGAUUGGGUCACCAAAAUGGAGCACAAGAUAUAAAAGAUCACCCUUGGUUCACAAAAAUAGAUUGGAAGGAUGUUUCCAAAAAGAGAACUUUCCCUCCAUUUCCUUAUUUAUACAAAUCUAAGGAAGAACAUUUGGCAAAUCUAAAUUUAGAGAGUAUUAAAGCGAUACAGCAAUACAACAAUUACUUUCACAACUUGAAUAACGAUAAGAAUAAAGCUAAAGCAAAUCAUCUUGAAGAUUGGUCGUUCUGGAAGGCCUCCCACAUAUAGAGUCUAGCUUUCUUAAACUUGUUCAAUUAUUUGG